CGACCAACCAAAUAUGAAGCCUGCUUCUCUUAAAACUUAAAUUUGAAUCAAAGGAUAAUACGUGAUAUUUCAUGUGAGCAUAAAAAGGAAUAUUCAGUCUGAUAAAUGGAUCAUAUUUUUGUAAUAUACUUAUUUAUUACUAUUGUGACAAUGAAAGAUGUAAAUGGAUAUUGUCCCGUUACGCCUUCCAGCGACUGUUCAUGCUAUGAAAUGCAUUGGGCAAGAGAUUUGACAGAUUCACUUAACAGAGGUAUGAGGCACCAAUGUCUGGGUCAGACACCAAUACCCGGUGCAACAGGCAUUUUUGCAAGCCUUGCAGCCUGUGACAGUGCCUGUGAAGCAGAUUCUCUGUGUAAAACGUAUAAUUACAACUUCAAAACAUUGCAGUGUGAUGGGUGGGGGCACAUAGGUUGUACCGCUGACAAUUCUCUUGAUGCAUCAAAUUAUUGGUUCUUCCCAUCUACCCAAAGGACGGAAACUGUUACUUACUAUGACCCAUAUACAACAUGCUAUUGGAUAUCUGACUCCUCGGAUACUCAGUCAUUUGCCGAUGCUCAAGCAAAAUGCAAAGCCUUGGGUGGACAACUUGCCGAAAUUGAUCUACCGGAUGAACAAAUAUUUUUAAAACAUAAUCCACCUCCAAAUAAUGUCGGAUAUGUUUGGAUUGGUCUGUCCAAUGAUGCCAGUGUUCAUG